UGAAUAACAAUUGAGGUUAACGGUUAAACGUUAGCUAUAUGAUAGCCAGUUACUAUCUAGCUAACAUUCAAACAUUAGCUUGCUAGUUAGCUAUAGUAACUCACUUUCCACGCUAGCCAAUUCAAUGUGAACAAACCUGCCUUUUUGACAUUCCAAACAUAAGAUUAGAAGUCUCAAGUGUCUGUCAGCAGUAGCGAGUUAUUUGCAAGCAGAGAGGUUUCACAAUUCUACAGUAACGUUACAGAUAAUUGACUCAUUUCUGUAAAAUAUGGCUUCGUUCGGCUGGAAAAGGAAAGUGGGCGAGCGGGUGUCCAAGGCAGCGGUGCAGCAGUUUGAAGCCGCAGCGGAGAAGCCGGAGGAAGAUGGAGUAGGCAAAGAGGACGAGGUGGACUGGCUUUAUGCUAUCAAGCGGCGCCGGGAGGUCCUGCUGGAGGACUGCGCUGCCAAAAGCAAGAGACUAAAGGAGGAAGGGGUGGUGCUGGCACAAGAGGGCAGGCACUGGGAGGCCGUUAAGAGGUGGGAUGAAGCCAUCCAGAUGACUCCAGAAAACCCUCUACUGUACGAGAUGAAGUCCCAGGUGCUGACCGUCCUGCAAGAGGUGUUCCCGGCGGUGCAGGCAGCAGAGAUGGCUGUGAAGCUCCGCCCCCUGUGGUGGGAGGGCUGGCAGACACUGGGCCGCGCCCAGCUUAGUCUGGGAGAGGUGGACCUGGCGGUGAGGUCUUUCCAGGUGGGGCUCCACCUGUGUCCGUCAGAGCGCCCCCUCUGGUUGGAGGACCUGGCGUGGGCACGGAGGCUGCAGCAGCAAAGACUGGCGGCACGGGACCGGACCCAGCGGGAGGAGGCGGCCCAGCGGGAGGUCCUGAGCGCUCCAGAGCUCCAACAGGACUAUGACUUUGAGUCCGAUGAGGUGGUGGCGGCCUGCACUGCCAUGGCCGACAGACAGCGACGCUAUGAGGAUCUGAAGAGGACGGCGGUGGUGGUAGACGCUGAGGGGAACGCAAGGGAGGUAACCGCGGAGGAGGAGGGGUCAGGGGACACACCCUCAUCACAGUAUCAGUUGAUCAAAGCACGAGGGCUAUGAGAUGUUUCUAAGAACUUAAAAGGGCUGAAAUGUGUCUCGUGAAAUGGGUAUUUUUGUUUGUUUUUGUUGAGUUUUCCAUCUUUAGUCUUAUGCAUGUCGUUAUUAUGUUUUGUUGUAGUAUACAAGAGACUGUGGGUGAUGACAGUAGAUUUAAUCAAGUCAAUUAUGCUUGUUUUUGUGUUUUAUGUAUACAGUCAGGUCCAAAAUGAUUGGCACCCUUGAUAAAGAUUAGCAAAAUACACUGGAUUUUUUUUUUUAAAGACUGCCCUGGCAGAAGCAACCGGGUUUUUGUCUAAAAUGUCCUGGGGCCUCAUUUAUCAACCAUGUGUAAAUUUCUCACAAAAUUCUGGCGUAUGUGGAGAUACUAGAAUUUGCAUGCACAUCAAAUUAGUGGUAUUUAUCAAUCUGUCCCUGGAACAUAUGCACAUGUUUUCAUUGAUAUAACAGAGCGAUGCAAUAUUUGUGUGCUUGUGAGCAAGUGUUACAACCCCCGCCAGUAAAAUGCCCUCCAUUCACCUUUUAUUGUAACAAAAACAAGCACAUUUGCUCUGCGAUUUGGAGAUGUUGGAACUGGGCCAUGCUAGUUUCUAAAAGAAAGUGCAAUGGGAAAUGUGAUCACGUUUCCUAAGAGGUGCGGGAAGAAUGUUUUAAUCUUUUGCAGUGACUUUUUCAAACCCCCCAAAAAACGCAUGCCGCCUGUAGCGAGUGCCAAACACUCUGUAAGAUGAAUUGUCCUUUCGAACAAUUUAAAGUAAAUGCUACAGCCGACAGGCAAAGGACACAUUGUUGUUCAAUAUUUUGUUUAUCAAUACGUGAUUGUCUCCAGCCUUGGUAUAGGCUCUGAGAAUAGUAGGAAUGUAACGAUUUACCGAUUUUAGGCAUCAGUUCCCGGUUCAAAUGUUUAAGAUAUAAGUGCAUCUGUCUGAGGAACCCCAAAUCUCUUAUUUUGUGGCAACUGCUCUUCUCCUUCGGUGUCGAACUAAGCAUGUAAUUGUGUCGACAGUCAUUGAUCUACAAGUCAUUGUGCAUGCGGAACAACCUCGGGCAAUAUCAGUAGCCUAGUCAAACUGCGCUAGGUAGCGUCUUUUCCUGAUCUGGAACAUCUGUGCGUCACCUUCAACAUUCAACUGUUUGUAAAAUGGUUUGUGCAAUAUUAGGCUUUAUUUGUUUUUUUUCUAUGAAAUGCGCUGUUGAAAUUGUGUUUUACCGAAAUAAAAGUAGCCUAAGCUACUGCUGGAAACAAC